AUCAUGCUCGUUGCUUUACACUCUACUAUUUACGUUCGGUGUUGUGACGCGAUAUCUGUCAUCCUUUAGGUUAGCUGUCUAAUCACGAAAUUGAAUAUCUGUUACGUUUUUAACAAAAGCCAGGAGAAAAUGACAUCCUGCCUCGAGAGCUUGCAGGUGUCCACCUGCGUUUGGUUCGAGGGCGGUGAGAAAAGAAACGCAUUGGUGUCUAUGCUUGCUGGCACACUAUUUUUUGUAGGCUGGUGGUUUAUUAUAGACGCCCAUGCCAAGUAUCCCAGUGAAAUGGCAAAUGCAUACCAUGUAUGUGGAGUGUUUGGUACUAUAUCACUUUUUAUGGUCAAUUCAGUGACAAAUGCACAAAUAAGGGGAGAAGCCUAUAAUGGUGGUUGUUUGGGAGCUAGAGGUGCCAGGAGUUGGCUGUUCGUUGGAUUUGUGAUGGGAUUUGCAGCUGUAAUAGCAGCUUGUUGGAUUUUAUUUGCCAAUUUCGUAGCUGCAGGUGCAACGCAUCACUGGCCAGGUGUAGGAUUGUUCCUGCAGAAUGUGUUCAUCUUCUUGGGCUCGCUGACGUACAAAUUCGGUCGAUCUGAAGAUCAAUGGGGUUAACAGAUAUAUAAUGCGUUGGUUGGAAAUAUUUUUAUUACUACAUGGUCAAAUUAAGCACGUGAAGCUUGACUGAGAAAAUUUGCGGUAUAAUAUACCCUAUAUUCGAAUAUUAAAUCCAAUUCGAUUGCAACGACGUCGGGUUAAUCUCGUUACGAACGUUCUCAUAUAUGGUAAUUUAUUUAUAUUCACUGGUGUCAACAUCAGAGAUAUAUAACGAUUAUGCGUUAUGAAUACCGACACAUACCGAAAGACGUAUGAUAAUCUAGAUAUAAGAGGCGUAGAUUAGUGACUUCUUUGUGUGAUAGAACUACAUGCUACUUAUGUUGCGUUAAUAAUUUUCACGUCACAUAUUAGAAAUUUGAUUUUGCAUUAUUUUCCACACGUUUUUAUAUUUACAUUAUUCCACUAUUAAUACAACAAUUCUGUACCAA